AUGGCCCAAACGAUUUUGCCCAUUAACAAAAACGUCAAGAAUGCGUUGAAAUUGCCAAAGAUCCAACAAUUCGAAAAAAAGGCAUUGUAUUGUUUAACAAAGAACAAUCAGCAAAUGGUUCUUCCAAAUAUCAAAGUAAACAAGAUAACAAAAAAGACAAAUAAGUCAGAAACAUUGUGGUUCCAUCAUCAUACACUGUACACAAAUCAGAAAAAAGCUGAUGAAAAUGAGGAACUUGUGAGUUUUGACGUCACAUCCCUAUAUACAAAUGUACCACUGAACGAAGCAAUUGAUGAUUGUACCAGUCUUUUAUAUUCUGGAAAAUACGAAAAACCUCCAGUAGAUCGAGAAACUUUUCAUAAAUUAACCUUACUAUGUAGUAGCAAUGUAGUUAUGUCGACUCAUGAUGGAUAUUACCAACAAGUCGAUGGAUUGGCAAUGGGGAGCCCACCAGCUCCAAUGCUUGCUAAUGGUUGGCUCAGUAAAUUUGACGAUAUUAUCAAGGGAGAUGCUGAUUUAUUCGCGAGAUAUAUGGACGAUAUUAUCAGAAAUAUCAACAAAGAUAAGAUCCAGGAAAAGUUGAAUGAGAUUAAUAAUAUUCACCCAUCACUAAAGUUUACUAUCGAGCGUGAAAACAAUGGAGAAAUUGCAUUUCUAGACAUGUCUAUAAAAAGAACACACGGAAACCUUGUCUCAAAGUGGUAUACAAAACCAACUGACACUGGUUUAACACUAAAUUUCCACGCCCUUGCACCAAAACAAUACAAGAGAUCGGUUGUGUCUGGACUUUAUCGUGGUAAAGUUUCGGAUAAUUUCAAACGAACGCUUAACAACAUCAAAGCUCCGUGCAGAAUUAUAUUCACGCUGAAUAAACUGAAAAGCUGUCUACCAUCACUAAAGCCAACAGUCGAAAAAUCUUUGAUAAGUGGCGUAGUAUAUAAAUUUUCAUGUCCAAGAUGUUCGUCUUGCUAUGUCGGUCAAACAAGCCGUCAUUUGAUAUGUCGUUUCAAAGAACAUCGACGAAAUGGCCCGGUUGCGGAUCAUUGGAAAGAAUGCGAACGUGAAUUGUCGAUUGAUGACGUAACGAUCUUGUGCUCAAACUCAAAAUCAAUGUAUCAUUUAAUGACUUUAGAGGCUCUUUUCAUCAAUCAAUUGAAACCAUCUUUGAAUACAAAGGAUGAAUAUAGAUUCAGGCCGCUGGUGAUUAAAUUUUAA